GUCAUUUUCUCGAUCUCUAGGGUUUUACAUCGCGGGGGGCGUGAAAGAGUCUGCGAAACUGCGAGAACAGCUUGUUCAGGGAAAAUGGUGAAAUUCCUAAAGCCAAAUAAGGCGGUGGUCCUCCUCCAAGGCAGGUAUGCCGGCCGCAAGGCUGUCAUCGUUAGGGCCUUCGAUGACGGCACCCGGGACCGCCCCUACGGCCACUGUUUGGUCGCCGGGAUCAACAAGUACCCCAGCAAGGUCAUUCGCAAGGACUCGUCCAAGAAGACGGCGAAGAAGUCACGCGUCAAGGCCUUCGUCAAGCUUGUCAACUACCAGCAUCUGAUGCCCACGCGCUACACCCUCGACGUGGAUCUCAAGGACAUCGUCUCCGUCGAGUCCCUCCAGUCCAGGGACAAGAAGGUCACGGCUGCCAAGGAAACCAAGAAGAGGCUUGAGGAGCGCUUCAAGUCUGGGAAGAAUAGGUGGUUCUUUACCAAGCUCAGGUUCUGAAUUGGAUCGAUAUCGUUUAGUGUGUUUUGGGGGAGCUGGGUCCGUUUCUAUUUGGUCGUAUUUCAUGUUAGUUUGUUAUCUGUUUAUUAAGAAGACAGCUGUUUCGUCAAGUAUCUUAGUAGUUAUCUUAAGAAUGAUUUUGGGUUUAAUUUGAUUUGUUCUGAACCGCUUUGAACAUGUUUGGAUGAGAUAUUCGACUGAUUCUUCUCUCAACGCCGAGAUUAUACAAUUUUAUUACUUCUAGCUUA